AAUGGGAGUUUUAUAGCAAGCAUGACAGUUGCUUUAAAUUACAGAAGUUGGCAAGUGUCCGAGAAAAGGAGUGGGAGCUUGUUUAGCUGAGAGAGGCAGUUUGAAAACUUAUUUGAAGCUUGAUGUUCUUGAAUUAAGUUUUCAUGGUCAGAGACAUACAUUAUUUGUCACCAAGACACAUUAUUUUGUUAUUCUGAAGGACCUUAAAACACCAACACUUACCUGUCAGUUUGAAUUUGCAACACUUAUGGGACAACCCAAAGGAAACACAUUAUUUUUGUGGCAAACUUGACUAUCCUUCUCCAAAGUAAGGUAUUCAGCAGAACAAGUGGAUAUGAAUGGAAACUUCUUUGAAAACUAAGACCUCUUCUCUUGUUCAGCUUGAUAUAUCAUUGGUUGUAGCCAGCUGCAACUCAGAAAGGCAUCUUAUUUAGACAUACUGAACUUUUCAGAAACAGGUGGAAUCUGACUUUGUUAGAGCCAGUAAAUUGGCACUGAAGGAUGGAUAGUUUCAACAACAAAAACACACAAACACUCUAAUGAUCUGGAGAAUCAAAAAGAGAAACACAACUCAAUUUGCAGAAUCACAGUUCACCCAUGAGUGAGAGGUGUGACACUAAUUUAGGACAACAUUAUACCUAAGAACCAAAGAUGUUUGUGUUGCUUUAUUUCACAAGUUUUGCCAUCUACACAAGUGGACAACCUCUUCACAACCAGUUCAAAGGCGAAAAUUCCUACACCAGAUACAUAUGUAGCAUACCUGGCUUACCAGGCCCUGCAGGUCCCCCCGGAGCUAAUGGAUUACCAGGGCCUCAUGGACGUAUUGGUCUUCCAGGAAGAGAUGGUAGAGAUGGCAGGAAGGGAGAAAAGGGUGAAAAAGGGAAUGCAGGUUUUAGAGGCAAGACUGGGCCUCUAGGAGCAACUGGAGAGAAAGGAGAUCAUGGAGAGAUUGGUAAAAAAGGACCUACAGGAUUGGUUGGUGCCAAAGGCGGUGUAGGUCCAGUUGGACCAGCUGGACCUAAGGGAAAUAAAGGAGACCGAGGAGAACCAGGUGCACCAGGGGUCUGUAAGUGUGGAAGGAUAGUGCUGAAAUCAGCCUUUUCUGUUGGCAUCACCACAAGCUAUCCACAGGAAAGAUUACCAAUUGUAUUCAAUAAAGUGCUUUUCAAUGAGGGUGAGCAUUACAGUCCUUCCACAGGGAAGUUUGUAUGUGCCAUCCCUGGUAUCUAUUAUUUCUCUUAUGAUAUUACCUUAGCAAAUAAGCAUCUUGCAAUUGGGUUGGUUCAUAAUGGGAAGUACCGGAUAAAGACGUUUGAUGCUAACACAGGAAACCAUGAUGUAGCUUCUGGAUCCACGGUGAUAUAUCUUCAGCCAGAAGAUGAAGUAUGGCUUGAAAUCUUCUACACUGACCAAAAUGGUCUCUUUGCAGAUCCCACUUGGGCAGACAGUCUGUUUUCUGGAUUUCUGUUAUAUGUUGAUACAGAUUAUCUUGAUGCCUUAUCUGAUGAUGAUGAACUGUGAUAUAGGAGAUGAUCCAUCAUGGCCAAACUGGACAGUCUAGCAAAGGAUUUGAUCUGUAUAGGAGAUAAAAUUGUAAUGAUAUUGUGUUUUAUUUUUGCUUUGAUGGGAUAACAAGUUGUAUAUUGAAGAAUGUUUCCAGAUCUAAGCAAGACACAUUACCAAAUAGCAGGGAUAACAAAAUGAAUUAUAUACUAACCAAUGACUAUGUCACUCCAGACCUGAAUCCUAUUGAAAGUUAUGUUUAUAUUAAUAUUUAAACAGAGUUAAAAUAAUGUACAUUGGAUUUUAUAAAAAAUAUAUUGAAUUAUAAAGUAACUGGUACAGUGAAAUUGACUUAUUAAACAUCUAGAUUUUUGUAUUUGUUAUUAAAGUAAAAUUAUAUGUCUGACAUCAUGUCUUUGCUCAUUCCAAGGAGAUAAACAUGUAAAAGAUACAGGUGAUAAGAGAUUUAGAGAAUGGACUACAACAGGUGUUGUAUGCCAGAGUGUGGCACGCAAAGGUAUUUUGCUUGGCACGUGUGCCUUGGGAUGGAUGGCAAGGGGGUCCACAAGAGGGCCAAUCCUUGUUGUGGCAGUGCAGCCCUGGCUCCUUCCCCACGCUCUGCCUUGAGGUGCGUGUGCACCUGCUGCCAGCAAUGAGCCAGGCCAGGGCUCCGCAGACCCCAGGUUAGCUGCUUGCAGCCUUUCUGCUGCCUGCUGCAAGCAUCCCAAACUCUGUGGUGAGCACAUGCACCUUGGGGUGGAUGGUGGGGAAGGGGCUGGGACUGCACUGCCACAACAAGGAUCAGGCCCUUUCUUAUACUGCCCAAAAACAUUGCUGACCCCAUGGAAUAGAAUAAAUUGUAAAGGUUGUUUCUGGGCAAUAUGGACUGUAGAACGGCUAUUACUGUAUUUCAAUCAGAGUCUGGUGCUAAAGAUAUAUACUUGGAUGCUGAUGACGCAUUUGUAAUACCAUGAAGGUUUAAACCAGCUGAGGAUCUGGCUCAAUGACAUGAGUUAAACAGGGACCAGAACCACAGCUCUGCACAUCUUCAGUGGUUUAAAAACUGGCUGAAAGAACUCAAAAGUAGUUUUAAGUAGGGAAUCAUCCUCCUGUAAGGACUUUUUGGUGUAGUCCUAGUAAGGUUUGUUGUUUCUGUAAUAUUAUUCAAUAUUUUUAUCAGUUAUGUGGCAGAACAUUUAUUGUAAUUGUAAUUUAUUGUAUUGUAAUUGUUUGCAGAUGACAAGAAUUGGUCAAAAUAUAAAGUGAGGAGGAUAGGUCCAUUAGACAGAAUCCUACUGUAAACUUGAAAAGCAGGCAUUUUAAUACAGCCAUCCAUAAAUAAAAUUAAUUUAGGUCACACUUAUACUGAGGAACAGUAUUCUGUAAACAAGUAACCUUGAAAAAGACCUAUGGUCAUGGUGGGUAAUCAGCUGAUCAUGAGCUGUCACUGUGCUCUCUAUCUAUGAAGAAUAUGGACGUACUGGAUGUGUAAGCAGUAGAAUUACAAGUAGAAGUAGGUUGCAUUACCUCUGUAUGCUGAUAAACUCAUGACUGGGACACUGUCUAGUUUUGGUAUCAGCACUGAAAACAAUUCUGAAAAAUUAGAAAACCUUUAAAAAAAUGUUAAUAUUAAGUCUGGAAAUCCUGUAUUAUAGUAAGAGACGUACAGUUGUAGAACUAUGCAGCUUGUCAAAGAAAUGCUUAAAAGGUGAAUUGAUUAUACUCUCCAAUAACCUACAAUGGAAAAAAUUCUGGGAGUAGAUGGAAAUUUAUUCUAGCAAAUGGGCAUAACAAGAUCCAGCAGCUGGAAAUGGAGGCCAAAUAAAUUCAGACAGGAAGGCAGGCAUAAGUUUUUAACAGCAGUUUUUAACAAGUAACAGUAAGGGUAAUUAAUCAUUGAGACAACUUACCUGACAUGUCCCAUUGAAGGGCAUCUCCAUCAAUAGAUGUCUUUAAAUUGGAUGUCUUUGAAUGGGUAUCUAGUAAUGCUGUAUCUCAAGCAGAAGUUAUAGACUGGGUGCAGGAGUUAAGUGAAACUUUCUUGCCUAAAUUAAGCUAAGAUGAUUGAAAUUAUCUCUUAUAACCAUGAAAUCUAUAGCUGCCCUGGAAGGCAAUGGCAAGCCUCCCAUUAAACUCAUUAGGACCAUGACCUGACUUUAUGAUUAAUAUAAGAAUCUUACUUAUGCAACCAAAAUCUUUAUUAUAGCAAAUAAGGGAGCAGAUGCAGUAAUCAACUACAAUAGUGUGUUUAUAUUCAAACAGAAAUACACUUUUAUGUGUAGGGAAGUCAAACCUUUCUAUUCUAUUUUUCAAUUCUUUUGGUUGGAAAAUCUCUCCUAAAAAUGCUUGGUAUAUUUUGGGGGAAAAUAUUUAUUUUUCUGCAAUUAUUAUAAAUGAGAAAUAAAUUUUUUUCACUAAAAAAAACAGUGAAAAUGAACUUUUAUGUUCAUUUUCCUCCCCAGGAAAAUACCAUAUUUACUCACAUACCAUAUAUUUACUCACCUUUCCGUAUUCAGGAAGCUGAAGGAAUCAGUUGACUUAAUGGCUCAUUGUUCUUUACUCCACAAGUGUUAAUGUUCAUCUCUUCUUUUUAAUGGUCUUUAUGUUCCACUAAUAAAGCUAACCUUUCUCAUGGCAAUUUUACUAUCUGCCCAGCUGCUGGUGGUCUUCCUCCUAUUUUGCAAUCCUGGAGACUCUUGAGCUCUUUUCAAAAUCGUAGAUCCACCCAUGGAGUUCAGCAAUACUUAGGGUUAUAGAUUUAGUGAAGCAUAAAUUCAUAGAAGUUAGGGUCGGAAGGGACCUGAAUAGAUCAUCAAGUCCGAUCCCCUGCAUAGGCAGGAAAGAGUUCUGGGUUCAGAUGACCCCAGCCAGAUGCCUAUCUAACCUCCUCUUGAAGAUUCCCAGGCAGUAAAGGGUGCGUGAGUCAGCUAAAGAUUAGGCUCUGUCCUUAGCAAACAUUAUGCAAACAUAGUUCUGGAAAAAAAACCUUUUUUCUUCAUUAUGCCUUUCCAAAACAGGGUGCAUGUCUUGUUUGGGGGUGUGAUAUAUGCAAGAAAAUAAGAUAUCAAUAUUAUGCCCAGUUCUACCUAUGCUUUUAGGAACCAAUAUUUAAAUAGAUUAUUAUAAAUAAAUGAUCGGUUAAGGAGUUAUUUAUAAUAUUAUGGUAAAAUCUCUAAAGUUAAGUUUAAGUGAUGGAUUUUUAUUUUAAAUACCUAUAUUCAGCUGCAUCUAGCUUCCUUAAAAUUGAAUUUGGGGCUGAAACUACUCAUUCUUCUCAGCCCAGCAGAUGAUUUUUUUUUUUUAAAUAGGGAUAAUGUGAAGAAAAUUCAAUUGAUUGUUAGUGAGACAUCUGAAAGUGUACAAAAAUGAGGCUUGAAUCUUUUAAAAAAAUCAGUUGCACUUUUAAAACUGGAUUUCUCCGAAUAGCUUUAUUUUAGGUCAUUAAUACAGGCUUUUCUUUGAUAAAAUUUGCAUCUGAAUGUAACUUCUUUUCCUGACUUAAUUAUUUACUAGGGCAAAUAACCUUCUGGUGAUGCUCUAAGCAGGUAGUUCUCAACCUUUUUAGAUUCCAAGCACUCCUCCAAAACAUUUCCAAAUUUAGUUUGUACCCCAUUUAAAAAAUAGAGAUAUAUUAUGAAUACUGUAAUAUAAAAAUAAUUUUAUUAUUAAUUAAUAUGUUAGUAAAUGUAAAGCUGGCAAGCACAUUUUUCUGCUGCAGCUCUUCGCAGUUCAGGUCUGACAUGCCUCCUGAAAACCAAGGUGCGCGGAGGGCAGUUUCUUUCCACAGCAGCAGCACGAGUAUCGCAGCGCCUCUGGCAGGUUCUUGCAACACCUUGGUUGAGAACCAUGGUCCUGAGCAGUCCUAGAUCUUUUUUUUCUGGUUAAUAAUUCUCUUACCUUCAGGCAAUUCUAUAUCACUAUAUAAAGAUUUUGAAACCUUUGGAGAUAUCACACAGUAAACUUAUAAUGUUGUUGGAGUUCAGACUACUUUUCCAGGGUGACCUUCCUGCAGCAUCCUUUUUUCUUCAACAGUAACGUCCUCCACUUUACAUCUUGCCACAAGCACAAUGCCAUGUGACAUGUUAAAAAUCAUUUUGUAUCUGACACAACUUUGAUCUGAGUUCUAAAGGAUCUUGAGAUAAAUAAUAGUAAAUUAUGUAGUCACAAUAAGUUGUAAAUGGAGAACCCAUUUCAGUAUAUUUGAAAAAGAUUUACUUCCUUGUUCUGAGUCUACCUGAUAUUAUCUAAGGCUAAGUAUAGAUGUUCAAAAAGCCCCUGGCAGAAGCGCUCCAACUAUUGCACAUUACUUAAAGGGCUAUAAGGUAGAAUGGAAGCGAAUUGAGCAGAUGUUCAGUGUUUGGUUGGGGACAGGUGGGGGCUCAGAGCUUGCUCACACCAGCCACUGGGGGCACUCCCACAUGCCUUUCAGGAGGCUGCUGGAAUGGCUCAUCUCCCCAGCCCACCCCCUGCCAGCUGGAGACUGUCAGCAGUGGCUGGGUUGGGACCCUAGACCUUUUCCCCUGAGGUCAUCCUGGCCAGACAGUGGUUGCGAAGCUGGGGCUGCUGUGGGGAGGGAGAGCCUGGACACCUUUUGAUGUGCCUGCCCCAGCUGGGCAGGCCUCCCAGCCAGCCCAUGGGAGCUGCAGAGGAAAGGGAUCCAUGCAUCCCCCAGUCAGACACCAUGGGAGCCCCUGGCCCCUUCCCCCACACCUCCCCUGGCCAGGCAGUGGCAUGCCAUAGGGCCGGGGUAGCUGCAGGGAGAAAGAUCUCCCCUUGUCCCCCACUCCUCCAGCUGGCUGCAGCUCACAGCUGGCUGUAGGGAGGAGGUGAGGUUCAGGUUAGUGAGAGCCGAGGGGGCAGGGCUGACCCAAUGCUCAGACACAGCAAAACAGCUCUACUCAAGGCUAGAGUACAGCCCUGUGCAACGCCCCCUGGGAUGGUGGCAAUAGCACUCUAGCUUAACCCUUGAUGGGAUCUGGCACAGACAUUCAAUAAAGCGCUUUAACAGAAAGUGCUUUAGUCUAAUACCUCAUUGUAACAGCGAGCCAAAGGCUCCUGUUCUUUUAAGGGUGAAUGAGCAGCAGAGAGACGCUCGGGCAGGAAAAGCUGCUCCUCAUGAGAUGCCAGGGAACAGGUACUGGGGGAUUUACCUGCAGAACUAGCUGCACUGUGGAAGCUCAGGGAGGCAGAUGACAAACAGGGGCUGGGCCAGGGAAGUGUAGAAACACAGGCCCGGGGGGUCGGGCUGGUCCUGGAGGCUGCAGAGGCAAGAGCCCCAGAGCAGGGGGAAAGCAGCUCCUAGCUGGCACUGGGGCUAUCCUGAGGAAAGCAAACAGAGUGCAGCUGCUUUAUAGGGCAAUGUCACCUAGGGAAAGGCCUUGUUAUUCUGGUUGGAUAGCCAUUGUUUAUGUUUGAACCCCGAGAGGGUUUAGUUUGUGUUUGCCAGAAGGCUUACUUCUUGGUUAGUUUCAACCAGUGGUUUGGGCAUGGCUAAAAGGAGAGUGAGUGGAGGCCAUGGCCCGAGGGGCAUCUGGGGAUUUUACCCACAGUGGUAUGCCAGAGGAAUGCCAGUGUUUAGAGCCCUGCUAGGGGUCUUGACUCAGGGUUUAGACCUGAGGGAGGGGUUCAAGCCUAGAGAGAGAGAGAAGAAAAAGGCUGAAGCCUCACUUGAACAUGAGCUGGACAAGGAUCAGGAGGCCCAGUGCCCAGGGAGGGCAGAGACAGGGUGAAGGACAGUGGGGCCAGGGUCCCAGAUGGAGCCAGAGUAGGCUCAUUGCCCAAGGCAGGGCAGAGAUAGCCAGUGGCUCAAAGCCCAAGGGCACAACCUGAGAGAGCGAGAGUUGGGCUGGGAUCCAGAAGUCAGGCCUGGCAUAGUGGGCCUAGGCUAAGGAAACCAGUGAGAGAAAAGGACAGAGGAUGGGUAGGUAUAUGCCCUAACAAGCGUGUAAAAGCCUGAGGUGGCGUGGUAUCAGACUGGGGCCAAGUGCCCAACUAAGUCAUUAAUUGGUAACACAUGCAAGGCAUGGGCACAGCUGUUGAAUCCAACCAGGUGGAGUUCAGAGAAUGAGUAGGAAGGUCUGGCGUUGCUGCCUAUCUCCUUCUUGGCGCUAUGACUUCCUCAGGAAACGUGGGGCCAUUAUCACCAUGAGUGCCCCAACUCUAGCUUCCCCCCUCCCUUAAGUUUAUAUUUGCCAGUUUUUGUGCAGCACCAUGAAUGGUUUGUAAGUUACAUGUACAGUCCUUCAAACUUCCUUUAAAAUGGCCUCCGAUCCAGUUUUAAUGAGUGCUGUGAAAUUAACACUGCUAUGAAAUUAAGUCUGUUCUACAGGGUAAAGGUACGAUAAACUACCCACUCCCAUUGUCUCUCUAGUGCACCGAUAUUCAAGGAUCGACAGGGGUACAUCUGCCUCCAUGGUCUAUGCAAUCUUGGCUUUUGGCUGAGUCUGCCAAUUAGUGCAGAGUUGGUGGCAGUGCAUGUAUUCUAUCAGGAGCGUUGCAUCUUACAAACAAGCUAUCAACUACAUAAUAAAUGAAACAGAAAAAACCUUUCAAACUGGUAACCUAGAGAAAAAGGCACAGAAACCCAUUUCUGACAUAUCCAGGCCUCUUGAAGUAGAAGUUAUCAUAGAGAGAUGGAAAUGCCACCACUCUAUUAGUGUAGCUGACACUUCUUAUUAUAAGAUCCUGUUUUCAGUUGUUUGUAACCUCCAAAAUUUAAUAAAAUGGGAAAAGCAAUCUGGGAUGCCUUUUCCUAUACUGGGUGCCUGCCUCUUGCUGAUUUUUGUUUGGGAAAGUUUCAUCCCAAAUGAUUUUUGUUUGGGAAAGUUUCAUCCCAAAUGAUUCAACUAUUUUGGAUGAGUGGGAUGGGGAUGAGAGGAAAGGGGGGCAGGAAAGAUGUCUUCUGUCCUACCAACUAUCCCUUGAAGGUGAAUUAUACAUCCAAGUUGACCAAUCCUUCUCUGGUCUGGAAGAGUAGGGGCAUUGAAUUAUGCCUGUGUGCAUUUUGAUAUCCUCAUUAAGCAUGUUAGGCCAUGUUUGCCAUGUUUCUGAUCAUCCAAAACAUUACUUUAAAAGAAUGUUAAGCUUAUAAAGUACUCAAGACAAACAAAGUUAAGAAAUGGGAGAAAAACUUUAAUUUAGGCCCCUGUGAAUAUGUGUUAUGAAACAACUUAUAAGUGCAUGAUAACUGGUUAGGCCGCAGCUGGAGUACUGUAUCCAAUUCUGGGCACCGCAAUUCAAGAGGGACGUGGACAACCUUGAGAUGGUCCAGAGGAGGGCCACUCAUAUGGUUAGAGGCCUGCAGGGAAAGCCUUACGAGGAAAGACUGAGGGACCUAGACCUUUUCAGCCUUUGCAAGAGAAGGCUCAGGGGGGAUCUUAUGGCAGUAUACAAACUCACCAGGUGGGCGCAGCAUGGAAUAGGAGAUGCUCUGUUUACCAGGGCACCCCUUGGAAUAACCAGGAGCAAUGGCCACAAGCUGAUAGAGAACAGAUUUAGGUUGGACAUCAGAAAGAACUUCUUCACGGUUAGGGCUGCCAGAAUCUGGAACAGGCUUCCAAGGGAGGUGGUACUCUCCCCUCCCUUGGGGGUCUUCAAGGAGAGACUGGAUAAGCACCUGGCUGGGGUCACAUGACCCCAGCACUAUUUUCUGCCAUGAGCAGGGGGUCGGACUCGAUGAUCUAUUGAGGUCCCUUCCGGCCACAGGAUCUAUGAAUCUAUAACAUAUUAUAUGCAUUUAUUAAAUGGCCUUGGUACAUAGGAUGGAUGAGGUUUUGGAAAAUGACUGUAAUGGCUAUGGAUCCAUUGCCUUAUUUACUCUAGAAAUUAGAAGAAAUGUAAUGAAAGGGGAAGGGAUCUUAUAUAUGCCUGUUCAUCCUCAAUGUGCCGACUAAUAUACUUUUUUAUAAGCUAAGGGUACUCACCAUAUGGAAUACAUGAAGUGUGGCCUUCUUGGAAAUCCUAAAGAAAUUACUCUUUUGCUUUAGCUUGGUUUUGCAUAGUCUGCAAAUUAAGUACCAUAUUUUCUCACAUAUCAUGAGACACGCACCCUGCUUUGUGAGGGCAAAAUGAAGAAAAACAGAUUUUUUCCAGUCAUGGCUGAGUUUUGACUGUUCUGCUGCAUCAGCAAAAGCUAGAGUUUUAACCCUCUCACAGACUCUGUUGAAUUAGCAGCAGCUUUUGACUUAUUAGCCAAAAGCUACUUCCAAUUCACCAGUGGCUCUGAAAGGGCUGACACUGUAGUUCUGACCCUGAAUUGUUCCCCUCCCUCCCUGGAGCUGUCAGGGGAGAGAAGGAAGGCACCCAUUACAGUUGUUAUCCAUACUUCCAUUCCUCCAUUCCAGUGCAGAAGAUCAGCUUCCCCACUUAAGACACAGACCUCAAUUUGGGAGACCUUAUUUUUGGGGAGAGGGUACAUGUAGUAUGUAAGUAAAUAUGGUAUAUAAUGGGAGUAAAAUGCAAAUAGCAAUUACAACACUUUAUUCAACUUUGUACAAAUAUAAAUAACUACACAAAAUGCAAAGUAGGAAGAAGGGUUAGGGGGUUCAGUGCUAUUUCACUGACAUGAAUGGCACAACUCAUAAUAAAAUUGAGAAAACCUGAGGAGCAUAAUUCAAUGAGCAAGAUUCAGCAAUACACUAUGCACCAACACUUCUUAAUAACUUUGCUUAAUUACAAUUAUUUUUUCCCACAUAUGGCAUGAUUCUGCAAGGAACUCUAACUGUAUGACUAGUGGGAGGACUAAUAACAGCAAAUUUGUAACUGUGGGGAAAGAUAGGUAAAUGUAAAAACUUUAAGUUGGGGAAAUUUGUAAUAAUUAGUAAUAAAAAGCAUGACUAUUUUUCUUCAAACUCUGCAAAUACGUUCCCAUCAGAGCAAAUCUCGCAUUUUUUAAAUUUAGCAAUCAGGCAAACCUAUUUCCCAAGCUAAAAUUAUAGUCAGAAUAAAAUACAGCUUUCUAAUGAAAACUCCCUGGUUGUAACCCUAACUGUUAGCAGAGCUACUGUUUCUCUGUACUCACCAUGUAAAAAUAAAUGAAGUGUAGAGCAGAUGAAUAUUUUAACCACACCUCUGAUGAAAGUUACAUCAUGGGAAUAAGUAAACAGAAAUGUUACUGCUUCAAUCAACUUAAUAAUCUUAGAUACGGAUUUUUAAAGUAAUGGAAAAGUAGCAGCAGCUUCCUUAAAGUUUCCCAGUUGGGAUUACGCAUUUAUUUGAGCAGUCUAAUAUUUUUGGCAUGAGUCUCUGAAAGUAAAUAAUUUAAGAAAAAUUUUCUUACAGGUCUUGACAAGAACUGCCUCUUACUGUGCAUGUAUAUCUGUACAGAAAGAGCUAGGUAUGCCUGAUCUCAUAGCCUCUAAGUAUUUAAGAUAAUUAUUGUUAAAGUUAUUACUGUAUUUUAAAUAGACUGCUUUUGGAAAUACAGUCUGUUUUAUUGGAAGGUCUUAUCUAAUGCUUACUUUACAGUAUACACAUCUUGGGAUAAGUUCUUAUCUCUGUUUAUACCAGUAUAUUUUCAGAGUACCUCCAUUUGAUUCUGUGGAGAUUUGGAACUACACUAAGAUAAAAAGAUUCUGUUCUUGUUUAUAUUUGAAUUAUAUUAAAAAUGUCUACAUGGUAGGU